UUCUAGCUCCAGCCGCCGCCGAUUGGGGCAGAAUGUUGCUGUUUGCUAUCGUAUUCUUAAUACAUUCCUUGCAUUUCAGUGCAGCGCAAGAAUGCACCUCGCCGUCCUUUGACUUUGCGAAUCAUGUGAACAACGACGAACUCGACCUUACAACCCCGCCCGACACCGUCAUCGCCAGCUUCCCAGUCGAGCACGUGCGAUCGGCAACUGUGGUGGUUAACGAAGCCCAGCCACUGUACAUCAACGUCCGGAUCGCAGACCGACUGCUGGAGUUUUUCACGACGGAACACUUUCCGCAGUAUGAAGAACGUGAGGUGCAGGUUAUCCUGUUGCUUCAGCUGAUGUACGGAUGUACCACGGGCGAGAAGCGUGGUCUUUACCGGCAGAGGCUGAAACUGGCCAAUAAUCACGCGCCCAAGUUUCUCGAGGAAAGCUACGCGGCGCAAGUUCCCUUGCCGUUGCCCAAAAACUUCGACAUUUCACCGUUCCUGGCCGAUGGACGGGGAAUCAUGGCCCGAGAUAUUGAUCUCGUGAACAAUGCGGUAGUGUUUAGUGUGUCACAAAACGAUUACGUGUACGUCGAAAGCCGUCCAGUUGAUGGUGAUACACGUUACCUCGGUUGGAACAUUCCCCCGGAGGAGCUGGUGCACAUUCCUGAGCACUGGCUGCAGUACGCCGAGCCAGAAGCUUCCCUGCACUACCUUCUCGGCCUCCUGUACAUUGCCUUUACCGUUUUCUCGCUCAUCGGCAAUGGGCUGGUCAUUUGGAUUUUCCUUUCUGCCAAAUCUUUGCGGACACCGUCGAACAUUUUCAUCAUCAACCUGGCCAUCUGCGACUUCUUCAUGAUGGCGAAAACACCAAUAUUCAUCUAUAACUCGUUUACGAAAGGAUUUACCCUCGGCAGUGUUGGAUGUCAGAUUUUUGCCCUCAUUGGAUCCCUGACCGGAAUUGGCGCUGGAACAACAAAUGCACUGAUUGCAUACGAUCGAUACAACACGAUCACACGACCGUUCGAAGGCCGGCUCUCCAGAACCAAGGCGAUCAUCCUUGUCUGUCUCGUCUGGAUGUAUGCUAUUCCUUGGGCAGUGCUACCGCUACUGGAAAUCUGGGGACGAUUCGUACCUGAGGGCUUUCUGACAUCUUGCACGUUCGACUAUUUGACAGCGACAUUUGACAAUCGCCUGUUCGUUGCGACCAUCUUCACAUUCAGCUACGUCCUUCCGAUGUCCCUCAUAAUUUUCUAUUACAGCCAUAUUGUGAGCCACGUGAUUAACCACGAGAAAACUCUUCGCGAACAAGCCAAAAAAAUGAACGUGGAUUCGUUGCGAUCGAACCAAAACAAAAACGAUUCAUCGGUAGAAAUUCGCAUUGCCAAGGCUGCCAUUACAGUGUGCUUCCUUUUCGUCGCAUCUUGGACUCCUUAUGGCGUGAUGGCACUAAUUGGAUCCUUUGGCGACAAGAGUCUGCUGACCCCGGGAGUGACCAUGUUUCCGGCGUGUGCCUGCAAAUUUGUUGCCUGCCUAGAUCCCUAUGUCUACGCCAUCAGCCACCCCAGAUACCGAGCAGAGCUGCAAAAGCGCAUGCCUUGGCUGGCCAUCACGGAAACCUUGCCGGCAGAAACAGCGACCACCUGCACCGAACCGGAUGGACAAACGGCUACAUAAUUCCAACUUACGAAAAUACCCCUCAAUCUUUUCGGUUAGAAUAUCGCCGCACUGGCCACCAGUAACGAUCGAACCAAAGCUAUGUCAAACGGAUUAUUGCACGGACCUAUCUGCUAAAAAUGUUUCAAAAUUAUGUAUAUGCUAUCCAAAAUAACAAAAAAAUAAACGAUUUGAAAUGUAAUCUUGAAGCUCACA